AUGACGCCGGUCGACGUCAAGGUAGCGAAGCGGGGCCAAGAUGGAAAGAAGGUGGAGGAGAGAAGGGAGUUUACGAGGUCUUCGGGCGUACCAGCCGAGCUCGAGGCUUUCGGCGCGACUCUGGAACAAGGCACUGCUGAUGAGAGGCAGAACACUGCACAGGCACUGAAGGAUCUGGCGAUUCUACAGGGUCUGCUUGAGUCCGGUGCGGCCGAUGGACAGGCGAAACAGGGUAUCGCAAUACAAGUUAUACAAAGUCCAACUCUCUUAGCAACCGCCGCCGCCGCCGCCUCCGCCGUCACCUCCACUGCAGCCGCCGCCGCCGCCGCCAUCACCACCGUAGCCGUGCCCGUGGUGGCCACCAUAGCCAGCAUCGCCCGCGAAAACGUAACCGCCUGUGUAAUGGCCAUGCCUCCCUCCGUACCGACUACGCGGCUGACGGCGCCGGUAGCUUGA